GUUCACUUAAAAUGGAUGAUCCUUACAAGGUAAUUUAGAGAAGGAUCCUUCCGCUCUGGGGAAAUAUGCUAAAAUUGAUACUUCUAAAAUAAAAUUUAUGUAUUUUUAGAGUCUACAAAAGUCAGAUAUUGAGAAAAUACUACGGAAUACACAUAAUCUAGACUUAAUAGAGGGAACUCUCCCAGAGUUCGACCAUCCGCCGCCUAACUUCAGGGUGGUUCCUAAGAAAGAUAAAGGGUGGGUGGCCAUUGCUAAGGCAGUUUUGCUCCAGAACUCCUCCUAUUCCAAGAUUGUCAGUGACUCUCAGUUGAUAUAAAGACAAAGGAAAAACAAUGGAAAGAGCAAAGAUUCCAUAAUAUUUAUUACAGCAAGCAGCCUAUCCUCAGACGUAAAUAAGGCAAGAUCUUUUAAGAAGAACAGUAUUAAAAAGACAACCUAUGGCAGAUCCGUGAGUAAGGGGCAGUUAAAUAGCACUAAUAAUAAGACCUUGAAGAAUUCCCUUAUUGGUAUGAAAACCACUAUUUCACCUCAUAUUGAGGGAAAAAAGGUAAACUUCUUGCCUAGAGACUCUAUCGAGAGCAUAAACAUCCAGUCUGAGUCUUCUGGGAUGCCGUUUAGCACCAAGAAUGAUAAUAAACAGAGCUCGAUUAAGUACUCUACUACAGACAAGGAGUCUAACUCUCUUUCUCGUGACAAGAACUUCUUGGCUGAUUCAUUUAAGGAAAUUUCGGUUAAAAAAAUGAAGCCUGCUAGGCAUACCAAAUCUUCUAAAUCUAAACGAAGAAGGUACACCUUGUGUGCUAAAAAGCGUGCGAAGCCUAAAAUUGACACUGGGAUUAAUAAUUCCACCAAGCAGAUACCUAAGCAAAUACAUAAGGAGAAUGCCUUUAGCAGGAUUGAGAUGAAAUAAGAGAAAUCAGACUAACGUGACAAAGAUCUUACAUAAGAUUCUUGCUAAAUAAGGUUAAGAUCAGAAAGAAGACUUCUCUUCGAAAUCUUGAUCAUUGAGACUUCCUCAGAGGACCAUAUGACAACGGGAGCCACCACUCGUUGAACAAGAGCUAUGAUAGGAUAAAUGAUCUGAUGCGAACUAGUACUAGAGAGACCAAGAAUGUGUUUAAGUUCUCACAUACUAUACUCUCUCUCAAUACCAUCAAGGAUGAUGCCUCCCAGUUAUAUAAACUGUGAGCUGGUAGUGUGACUAUUUUCCCAGAGGCGAACCAUGAAAGGGCAUCUGUAGGGACAUCCCUUGUUGCCGACAAGAAAUAA